CGUGGACCAAUAAUACUAAACCCGGAAGCUACACUACACGAUUCCACAACUCUCGUUAUUAAACACUUCUGUGUCGCGAUAUAACCCUAGUUUAAACUCGCCUGCCUGCAAUACCGUAAGGUUUGGUUUUCGUGUCUCACCACAGCUGUUUAAAGUUGCUUUUCAACAGUUUUUUCCGGUGUCUUUAAGUUGCUAAACGUCAUACGGUUCACAUGCAUUGGGAACAACAUGGAGGUAAAUGAGGUAGAGAAGUAUUGCUGUGUUGUCAAGGUGUUUGAGGCUUUUUCAGCAAAGAAACCCGUGAGCUGCAGCGGAGUUAUCGUCCAUCCUCAAACGGGAACAGUGAUAUGUACUGGCGUUCCGUUUUCCUGUUUUACCACCGAUAAAGAGCCCCUUACAGCAGCCGACAGGUUCCUGUCACCUCACAGCUUCAGUGCAAAACUUAAAAUCCGUGUUAGCUUUUCUACUGAGCGAUAUUCGGACUCCAACCAGUCUGCACAGGGAGAGGCAUCCUCACCCUCCAGAAGCAAAACAACACUUCAACGGGAAGUUGCAGCGGAGUUGCUGAUGCUGGUGGACUGCCUGGAGUUCAAACACACUUUCCAGGCAGUUUUCCAAGAGGCUGACCAGUGGCGUUUCCAUGGUGAUGAAGAGGAUGAGGGGCUGAUCAGAGAUGCCCAGUUCCUCAGCUGGAUCGCUGUACUCAAGACAAGUGUGACAGACAGCAGCACAAAAGCAGGGACUAUACCCUGGCGGAGCAGCUCUUCUCUCCAGAAAGGCUGCCCUGUUGUUGCGUGUGGCUCACCCUUUGGCUCCCUCUGCUUAGAUCUCUUCAUCAGCACCCUCAGCCGGGGCAUCAUCAGCAAUCUAACCGGAGAGGAGAACGCUGUCAUCCUCACAGAUGCUCGGUGCUUGCCGGGUACAGAAGGUGGAGGGUUGUUUGCGGUUACAGGCAAAGGUAAUGUGCAUCUUGUUGGACUGAUCGUGUCUCCAUUUGGUUGGAAGGCGAACGAGUGGAUAGGCCUCACUCUGGUCUGCUCCGUCCAACUGAUCUUCAGGAACAUCAUCUGCUGCACGAGAGCUCAAGAUCCACUUUGUGAUGUUUGGCUCCAUCCGGGAGAGGGAGACCUCCUCAUGUCCACCGUAGCCCAUGAGUCAAGAGAUAUAAAAUGCCCCACUGUGUGCUUUGUCGACAGUGGACGGUUCUGGGGCUCAGGGGUUGUUGUUGCCUCUCAGCUGGUUAUGACCUGUCGCCAUGUUGUCAACGGGAAGUCAACUGUCACCCUGAAGUUCCAUCACAGGGACAGAGUCCAUGAUGCUGUGGGUGAUGUGCUGUUUUCCACUAAAGCCUCUUCACCCUAUGAUUUGGCUUUGGUGCAGCUGAGAGAAUCCGCCACAGAUGCUGUGGUCCCUCGAAUGGUUCAGAGUUACAAUCCAGCUUCUCUGCCUGCAGGUGAAUCUGUAGUUGUGGUGGGAUAUGGUGGCUUGGGUCGGAGAUGUGGUCCGUCUCUGACCUGUGGUGUCCUCUCCAAAGCCAUAAGCUUGAAGGACCAGCCUGUCAUGCUUCAGACCACUUGUGCAGUACAAGCAGGGACCAGCGGAGGUGCUGUGGUGCGAACGAGCUCAGGAGAGCUGCUAGGUAUCGUGUCCAGCAACACAAGGGACUUGGCUGCCAAAGUGACCUACCCCCACCUCAACUUUAGCAUCCCAGUGACGGUUUUCCACAGAUUGUUGCAGCUCUUUCACCAGACAAGGGAUGCUAAUGUGUUCAGGGUGUUGGACACCACAGAAACAGAAGUCAGCACAGUGUGGAGGCUACAGGGUGCACAAAGCAAACUAUAACUGAGGUACCCUGAACCUUGAAAUGUGCUAGAGAAAAAAAAUUGGAUUGUCAAAUCAAUAUGGAUUAUAUGCAAAAUCGUAUUAUGUAAUCAAAUUGAUGUUUUUUCUUUUUAAACAAAACUGGUAUUCUCAAAGAUAUAACAAUGUUUUAUAUCUUGAUUUGUUACAAGUCACAGAUCUAAAGGAGUAAAUGCAACUAAAACAAGAAUCUUUCAUUCCUAAUGUUGAUACACUUAACCCAGAAUCAUGCAGUAAACUGUGAAAUAUUUAUGACUUGCUGGGAACAGACAAGUUAAAGUUAAUUUAAUACCUGCCAAAAUUGUUUUAUUGUAAUC